CAAUUACUUUCAUAGUUUCGUUACUCCUAACAAACGUUUUGAAUGUUAGUUGAGGAAACCUUUCCCGCUAAUCGAACGAAUAUCAGAACUCUACAACAACACCUCUUUUCUCUAUUGCAAAAUUGCAAUACCGUCAGAAAACUCACUCAAAUCCAUACCCAGAUAGUCAUUAAUGGCUUUGCUCAGAAAAGUUUCAUCCUUGUCAAGCUCGCAUCUUUCUACAUUACUUCUAAUUAUCUCGAACAUGCCCAUCAAGUUUUCCAACAAGUUGAAAAUCGAAGUACCACUCUUUGGAAUCAAAUUAUCAGAGGCCAUGCUUUGAGCGAAAAAGCAGAUAAAUCGAUUGAGCUUUACAAUGAAAUGGUAGCGGCCCAUGUUGAGCCGGACGGGUAUACCUAUUCUUUUGUUAUCAAUGCUUGCGUGAGAGCAGGGUUGUUGAGAGAGGGAGAGCAGGUACAUGGGAGAGUAUUGUCAAAUGGGUGUUACUCAAACGUGUUUGUAAGGACUAAUUUGUUGAAUUUAUAUGCAAUGCUUGGUGGGAAGGAAGGUGUUGGGAGCGCGCAUCGUGUGUUUGGUGAAAUGGCUGAGAGAAAUGUUGUGACUUGGAAUUCGUUGCUUUCAGUGACUUUUAGGUGUGGGGAUGUUGAUGGAGCACGCAGGAUUUUUGAUGAGAUGCCAGAGAGGAAUGUUGUUUCAUGGACUACCAUGAUUGCUGGAUGUGCGCAAAAUGGGCGUUGUAAGCAAGCGUUGUCGUUGUUUCGUGAGAUGCAAAGGGCACGCGUGGAAUUGGACCAGGUCACGUUGGUGGCUGCAUUGUCAGCGUGUGCUGAAUUGGGCGACUUGAAAGUUGGUAGGUGGAUCCAUUCUUACACUGAUAUUAAUGGCCAGCCACUUUUAGUAUCACUGAACAAUGCACUCAUUCAUAUGUAUGCCAACUGUGGAGAAAUUGAGGAAGCUUAUGAAAUAUUCAGAAGAAUGCCUCGCAGAAGUACUGUUUCUUGGACGAGCAUGAUCACAGCUUUUGCGAAACAGGGACGUGGAGAAGAUGCUCUAAGGAUGUUUCGGUGGAUGCAAAGAUCGGGAGACAAUGAUGUCAGGCCUGAUGAGAUAACUUUCAUUGGGGUUUUAUGUGCCUGCAGCCAUUCUGGCUUUGUUGAUGAGGGACGAUUUUUCUUCAAGAACAUGAGACAAACAUGGGGAAUUGAUCCCAUGAUUGAGCAUUACGGCUGCAUGGUUGAUCUCCUGAGUCGUGCUGGAUUUUUGGAUGAAGCUUAUGGCCUUGUUGAGACAAUGCCCGUGAAGCCAAAUGAUGCAGUGUGGGGUGCUCUCCUUAGUGGUUGUAGGAUUCACAAGAAUGUGGAGCUUGCCUCCCAUGUGGCUCAAAAGUUGGCCAUGGAGGUUGACCCCGAUCGGGCUGCUGGCUACUUUUUGCUCUUGUCCAAUGUAUAUGCAACCGCCAAUAUGUGGCAGGAUGUUGCCAAUGUGAGAAAAAAUAUGGUUCAGAUGGGUGUGAGGAAGCCUCCAGGUCGAAGUUGGGUUCAAUUAGAUGGAAUCAUUCACGAUUUUCUUUCUGGUGACAUGACUCACAAGCAUGCAUCUUUGAUCUACGAGAUGCUUGGUAAGAUCACAGAACAAGCAAAGAGGGAAGGCUACGAGCCAGACGUUUCAAAGGCACUUUUGGACACUGAGGAAUAGAAUGUGAGAAGUUGUUUUCUACUUAUUGCCUC